UGAGUGGCGCACGAAGAGGAGUUGGCAUAGGAGAACCCCGUUUUACCUGGCAGUGAAUAUAGCACGGCUGCUUUCACCCCGACAGUCUCAGAUAUUGACAAACGUGAAUUCUGAAUUAUCGAAAAAAGCCAGGAAAAAAUGACUGCUUCCAGACGGAACGAAAAUGACUGGCAGGGUUUGGUGAGCGAGUUCCUGGUGUGCAAGCGCAAGCUGGAGAGCAAGAAGGAGGCCCUGCUCAUUCUGUCCAAGGAGCUGGACAGCUGCCAGCAGGAGCGGGACCAGUACAAGCUGAUGGCCAAUCAGCUGCGGGAACGGCACCAGGGCUUGAAGAAGAAGUACAGAGAGCUCAUAGAUGGGGACCCCAGUUUACCUCCUGAAAAACGAAAUCAGGUGAACCUGGCCCAGCUGUUGAGAGACUCCCGAGAGAGGAGUAAACAGCUCGCCGACGAGAUGAAGGAACUGAAUCAGCGGCUGGCGGAGUCCCAGGGGGAUAACAAGCUCCUGAGGAUGACUAUUGCCAGACAGAGGCUGGGGGAUGAAGAGGUUGGGGCGCGUCACUUCCCUGCCCACGAGCGUGAGGACCUGGUGCAGCAGCUGGAGAGGGCGCGCGUGCUGAAUGAGGAGCUGGAGCACAGCCUGAAGGCCUCAGCCGACGAGCUGCAGGAUGUGAAGGCGGAGCGGGCCGUGUUCCAGGAGAAGGCCAACAGGCUCAACCUGGAGCUCAACCACAUCCUCGGAGGCCACGAGAACCGCAUCAUCGACGUGGACGCGCUCUGCAUGGAGAACCGGUACUUACAGGAGCGAUUUAAGCAACUCCAAGAAGAAGUCAACCUGCUCAAAAUGAACAUAAUGAAGUACAAGAACGCUCUGGAGCGGAGGAAGAACUCUAAAACGUGCGGUAAAUCCAAGAGCGGGGGCCUCACGGGAGUCCUCUCCGCCAAGCAAGUGCAUGAGCUGCUGUCCGAAGACAAUGGCUGCGGUCUGCCCGCCACACCUCAAUCUAUCUCCGACCUCAAGUCCCUGGCCACCUCCCUGCUCGAGACCAUCCAUGAAAAGAACAUUGUCAUACAGCACCAGCGCCAGACAAACAAGAUUCUGGGAAACAGAGUUGCCGAGCUGGAGAAAAAGCUGAAAACCCUGGAAGUGUCUGGCCUGUGGUGUCUUCCCGGCCUGACCUACAGUGUUUCACUGGGAGUAGGAAGAGGAAGAGACACCAUUAGCCUGAAUGAGAGCCAGUGGCCUCGGUCUCAUCUGCUGGGCCCCGCGCAGCAGCCAGUGCAACAGAGAGUGCAGCCACCCAAAGAUGACAGGACUGGAAGUAAGGAAGCGUCAACAUGGGAACGAGGCACACCUGGCAACGACAGUCACCCAAAAGUGUGGCCCAGUUCCCGAGCCGGUCCAGAUGGCAGCAGUGAGGAGGGCGCACCUGUUUGUUUGGACACCUCUGAGCGCGGUGCCAGAGGCAGGGUGGAGCCGACGGAGCAGGAGGAGGAGGAGAUAGAUAAGCGGGGGGCGGAGAUUGUCAAGCUGACAGAGGAGCAGGCUGCUGCCGAGUUGGAGACCCUGACCGAGGAGCAGGAGAAGGAGGCGGCCGCUACCCCUGCCCUUGAGGCCGAGCCCUCUAUAGACAGCCCCUUAGAACACUCACAAGCACAAGCUCCUCCCACUCCUUCAGACCCCGCCCCAGAGGAGGGGCUUCUUUCCAACCACACACCAGAGCAGGAGCUCCCAGAGGCCUCUGGCAGGAAAGAGGCCUUUAACCUUACAUCUAUACUUUGUUCCCAGGCCAGCAGUUCCUCUUACACUGAGGAGUCAGGCCCUGCCAGUGCCACAGAGCAGAAUGACAGCUACUUCUGCGAAAGCCUUGCAUAGUCUUUUUUUCUACCCCCCCCCCCGCUAAUGAAGACAUAGAGGCGUUCGCGGGGAGAGAGACACGCCACGCUGCCUUGGGCUUCUGCUGUGAAACUUGCCUUAUCUGUGGUGUUUGCUUUGUUCCCAUCCCAUUUGCUUUUCUGUGUUUUCUUUAGAAACGUUUACUCUGCGUGACAUACAGAGGGCCUGUCUGAUCAGGUCUAAGAUCUGCAGCGCUUCCGUUUGUGCCAUGUCUGAAGAAACCUGUCUAUGAAACACACGUGCCCUUGAAGAGAUUGACAGAUGAAUGAGGUAUGAGAGGUUUUCUGCAAGCAGCUAGGUUUCUGUUGCAUGCUUUCUCCACAAGCACUCCAAAGAGAUUUCCUGCACACCACACUUCAGGAGGAGAUAUCCAGACAAACCUUUGAAAGUAGACAAUUGCAAUGAACAAAUACACUCAUACACAAUUUAUGACAAAUAUGCAGACCAGACAUC